AAGGGUUCCCAAGCUACAAGCUAGGUAGAGGAGCAUUUCGAUCAUUUCCAUCACUAAAAGAGAGCAAAUAUGGAUUCUGAUGAGAUGAUACAGGAGACACCUUAUAUGGAUUCUGAGAUGAUACAGGAGACACCUUAUAUAGCAGCCAUAAAUGGAGAAUGGCAACAAAUGAUUGACUACUAUCAGAAAAAUAUCGAGUAUUUGUUCUCUCCGGUUACUCUCUCUUUAGAUACUGGAUUUCAUCUAGCUGUUCACAGCAACGAAGAGCAACCACUUAGAGAUUUACUUGAAAUCGUGAAGGAAAAACAAUCACCUUCAACUGAGGAAGAUUUUCUCAAGAUAACAAACAAAUUUGGAAAUACGGUUCUUCACGAGGCAACUAUCUAUGGGAAUUAUGAGGCUGUAAGACUCUUGGUAGAACGUUUUCCAGACCUAAUUACCAUUCCUAACAAGUACAGUGAAACCCCACUGUUUACAGCUGCUGGAUUUGGUGAGGCAGAAAUAGUGGAGUUUUUAAUCCGUUCCAAACCAGUGGAUGAUAAACACCGCCUGUUAUCAAUUCACCGCAAGCGGAGAGAUGGCCUGUCCAUCCUUGGCGCUGCUAUCUUAGGGCAUGACUUUGAAACAGCUUUACUUUUGCUAGAACUGGAUGAAUCGCUCCACAGCUUGAAGGACAAAAAAGGCAUAACUGCUCUUCAACUUCUAGCCCACAUGCCAUCUGCUUUUGAGAGUGGAUUUCCCAUGGGCAUAUUUGAAAGACUCAUAUACUGUUGUCUUCCUGUUCGCAGCAAGGUAGAAUUCCAAGUAGAAACUAGUGGCCAGGUACGGAAGGGUACUAUGGGAGAUGUUGAGAGCGGUUCGGGUAGCAGCUUGGAGAGGAAACCAAGUGGCGGCCUACUCAACUAUUUUAAGGUGUCCCUAAAGUACGAUGUUGGCCAGCAAGGCUAGAAGUAUUCUGGAACCAGAAAAGAAAGCAUGUAUUUGCUUUGAGACUCGCCAAAAAACUAAUAGAGAAAGAUGAGUCAUGGAAAAUAGUCAGAAUAGACCAAAAUGAAAAGGAAGACAAAGACCAGAUCAUAGAAGAAGUCCAACCUUCUGUAACGAGCUCAUCAUUAACUAGCAAUAAGCAGAUCUCAUUGUUUAUUGCAACUAUAAAUGGAAUAGAAGAGAUUGUGUGGGAGAUAAUAAAUAAAUAUCCCCACGCUAUUGAGCAGCUCAAUGAGGAGGGGCAGAGCAUUUUGGAUGUGGCCGUCAUGCAUCGCCAGAAAAAGAUCUUCAAUCUUGUGAAACAACUGAAUUUACCAUUGGCUAGACUGCAUCGAGUUAUUGAUAAGAAGAGGAACACAUUGUUGCACCAUGUUGCAGAUAUGGAGCAUUACAGAGGAGGAACCAAGCCUGGGCCUGCACUUGAACUUCAGGAGGAGUUGCAAUGGUUUGAGCAAGUGCAAAAGGUAAUUCCUUCUCAUUAUGUCACGCUUCGGAACAAAGAACGCAAGACUGCAGAGGAGCUCUUCGAAGAGAAUCACAAGGACCAACUGACAAAUGCACAAACAUGGAUAAAGGAAACGACCCAGUCUUGUUCCACAGUAGCUGCACUUGUUGCUACUGUUGUCUUUGCUGCUGCCUAUACUGUGCCCGGAGGUUCUGAUAAGAAUGGCACGCCCAACUUCAUCAACUCUCCCUAUUUUCUGGUUUUCACUGUCUCGGAUGUUCUUUCCUUAGCAAGCUCCUUGACUUCGCUUGUGGUAUUUCUGUCUUUGUUGACCUCUCCAUUUCAGCAACAAGAAUUUCACAUCUCUCUUCCUCGGAAACUUCUUGUUGGCUUCACCUUCCUCUUCUUUGCUGUGAUAACGACCAUGCUAUCUUUUGGGGCCACAAUCUUGAUACUCAUUCAGUCAGAGAAAAAAUUGACAACAUUACUCCUUUCCAUGGCUGCAUUCCUUCCAGUCUUAGUAUUUGCAAUAAUGCAAUUCCGUCUGUACGUCUCAUUUAUGGGCUCUACAUACAACAUUCUCAGGAUAACCGUGAAAGCUCUGCCACGAUUUCUUGCCCCUUGCGUACCACGGGAGAAAAAGCUCCGUCGAUCGAGUUGAUUAAUAUGGGAGAUUUAACUGGCAUAGAGGUUAUUCCAUUUUCUUGAUGGUUUGAACCUCUACCAUAGAUCAUUAUAUAUUGUGUUUUAUUGCAUGUAUGGUUGUUAUUCAGUUUCGUGAUAUUUAUGUGGUUGUGCUGUUUUCAAUGACGGCCUUGAAAACAGUAUGUAUUAUAUAUAGUUUGUCACAGGUUGGUAUUUGAAUGGUAUGAUUACAGGCCUUCAAGCUUGCUUCAAUCAGUUACAUGGUAAUAAAAUUGGAUGUAAAUUAUAAAUGUUUAA